CGCGACUUCCAGGCCGCGCGCUUCGACCGCCACGACCGCGGGCCCUGCCCCCGCAUGCGCCCGCGCCCCUCCACCGGCCUCGCCGAGAUCCUCGUCCUGGUCGGCGGCUGCGACCAGAACUGCGACGAGCUGGUCACCGUCGACUGCUACAACCCGCAGACGGGCCAGUGGCGCUACCUGGCCGAGUUCCCCGAACACCUGGGCGGGGGCUACAGCAUCGUGGCGCUGGGCAACGACAUCUACGUGACAGGUGGGUCCGAUGGCUCCCGGCUCUAUGACUGCGUGUGGAGGUACAACUCCAGUGUGAACGAGUGGACAGAGGUUGCGCCCAUGCUGAAGGCCCGGGAAUACCACAGCUCCUCCGUGCUGGACGGGCUGCUAUAUGUGGUGGCCGCCGACAGCACGGAGCGCUACGACCACACCGCUGACGCCUGGGAGGCUCUGCAGCCCAUGACCUACCCCAUGGACAACUGCUCCACCACCGCCUGCCGCGGCCGGCUCUAUGCCAUUGGCUCACUGGCCGGCAAGGAGACCAUGGUGAUGCAGUGCUACCACCCAGACACUGACCUGUGGUCCCUGGUGGACUGUGGCCAGCUCCCACCCUGGUCCUUUGCCCCCAAGACUGUGACUCUGAACGGACUUAUGUACUUCGUCAGGGACGAUUCUGCCGAGGUGGAUGUGUAUAACCCCACGAAGAACGAAUGGGACAAGAUCCCGUCUAUGAAUCAGGUGCACGUCGGGGGCAGCCUGGCCGUCCUGGGAGGGAAACUCUACGUUUCUGGGGGAUACGACAACACUUUUGAACUCUCGGACGUGGUAGAGGCCUACGACCCAGAGACCCGGGCCUGGAGUGUGGUGGGGCGGCUGCCGGAGCCCACCUUCUGGCACGGCAGCGUCAGCAUCUUCCGCCAGUUCAUGCCACAGACGCCUGUGGGUGGGCGUGGCUUCGAGCUGGAUGGGGGCAGCCAGGACGUGGACGCAGGCCGACACCGGCCACUGCACAACCCUGACGAGCUGCACUAGCCCCAGCCUGGCCAAGGGAAGGCCUUGAUGUAAGGGACCCAGCCCAUGGGGCAAGGGCCCUGUCCUUUGUGCCCCGUACUGCUGAGAUGACCAGGUGCAGCACAGGCUCCGGGCUGCUGUGUAAGCCCCAGCAUCCAUCUGCAAGAUUUCUGUGCCAUCCAUGCCUGCCUCACAGCUGGAGCCAAAGCCGUUUGUGAAGGCCUCUCCCUUGGUCAAGGAAGAGCUGUUUCCCAGGGCCAUGUGGCUCUGGCUCCCAGAGGUCAGCUCCCACCUGUGACGCCAGCUCUUCAGGCACUGCCACCACCUGGGCCUGCAUGCUCCCCCCUGUGAGAGUGAGUCAGGCCGAUCAGUGGCUGAGAGAAGCCCCAUCCUCCACAUCCAGUGCUGCAUGUUCCUGAGGCCAGCUUCCCCGGGGAACAGGAGUGUCUACCUGCCUAGCAUCUUAACCACUGCUGGGAUCUUACAAGGCUGGGUUUCCUAGAGGUGUGUACAGGGCUGGGAGACUGAAGGUAGAGUAUGAGCUUAAUCUUGAGUUUUCUUUCUGGUCCUGGAGGACGUAGACAUGGCAAAUGCUGGCUCUACCCCCAUCCAUAGGCCAGUGGAGAAGCCAACAAUGCGCAGUGUGUGAAGUGCAGGGUUGAAACUGUAAGACCUGCACUGGUCUCGGAGUAAAGGAGCCUUCUUCGAAGGAAGCCCUGGAUGAGGGUAACCUCAGUGUGCUCCAAGUUUCAGAUGCUUGAAGUUGGAUGUUUUGAGGAGGUGGGAAGCCUAGGGAAGGUCAGGAGGGUUUGGUCUUGUUUUCAGAUCUCUGCAGUGCCAUUGUCAGAGCUCUAACCAGUACAGGCGAGUUCUUGCUUGAAGCAGAACAGUCUGCACUAUCACCUAAAGACCUUUUGGCCAUUUCGGGCACCUCGCAGGGCUGCUGAGCAGCUCUGGUCUGCCUGUGCUCUGUUCUGUGCCAUGCACAGCAGGUGGCACCACAGUGAGACGAAGUGGAUCC